AAUAAAUUAAAUUCCGUAAAGGAUAAAUAAAUAAUUAAUUUAAAUUUCAAAUAAUUCAAACUUGAUUUGGUAGCACUUCCACUUUAUAGGAUUGGCCGCACUUGCCCCUGCAUGCAACUCUCAGGAUUUCGGCAAUUGGAUUGUAUUUAUUAAACAUUUGCGACUUUUGUUUUGCUUCUACAUUCGGUGAUAAUUUGAAUUCAGACAAUUUUGCAAUCAUGACCACCAAGAAAGACAUUUUAUUUCAAGUGGAUCGAAACCAAAAGCGCAAAUCAAAUAUCUACAAUACCGAUGAAGAAACAACUGAGGAUGCCACCGUCAAUGGCGGUAGUCCAAUGGAAACAUUUCAACAACAGGCUUUAGAAAUACGAGAACCCGGUCCUGAUUUCGAUCCCUCUGUAGCACCAAAAGACGGCGAUGAAUAUCUUAUGCAUAUGUUAUAUGAACGAAAAAAUUGCCCAGCCGUAAUGGUACGGGAGCCGAACAGGUGUAAAAAGAAUAGAACUGCCGCUGCUUUGGCCGAAAAUUUCAAAGAUGAAGACGAACCUUUGAAAUCUAUCGCGUAUAACGGAAUACUGCCUACAAAAGAGUGGAAGGACUAUCAGAUUAAAGAUUUUGAAGCUACGCGCGAGAAAAUAGUACUUCUACGUUUAGAACUGCACAGACAACGAUACGACCAAAUGCUGGAACCUCCAUUAAUAGCUGAUCCAGUUGCUUGGCAUCAAUUCUGUCACGACAAUCCGCCAUAUCUAAAAACAAUAUUGCGCUUCAGUCAGCGCACCUUAGAGCAACUUUUGGAAUUCAUUUGUGAUUGGCUGCGUGUUGGUGAAGAGAAAGUAGUUUUAGAAAACAUUUCUUCAGAGGACGAUAUAAUGCCUUCGACUUCAAGUGCCGGCUGCAAUGAAAAUAUGAAAGCGGCCAUAUUAGAUCUCACAGAUACAAAUGCGUGGUUAGGUACAUGGUUAUAUGGUGCCUUAACCUGCCUACAUAUACCCAUUGAACCAGAAGUGCAUAGUACUUUGCGGGACAUAGCGCGUGUUUGCAUACGAUUGCGGGGUCGUUUACCAGCCACAGCAACAGGUAAAGCUGUGCCAUACAAUCUAUUCAUACUAUUGAUUGCAAAGGCAUUUGGACAAAUGGAUUUUGCCGAAUUCGUUUGAUGAUGGACAAUUCCACAAGCACGUAAAAUAAAUUUUAUGCCAUCAUUCAAAAUCUGGAAAGUAGUUUUUAUAUAAGUGAAUAAAAAACAUGUCUAAAAUCAUAACAUCA